UUACCUUAUGCUCUUUCGGUACACUCUUGAGUCUUAUCCGCCUUUCAGACACACCAUCUAAAUUAAGACUCGAACACACCACAACCCACAAGUGUGUAAGAUUAGGCAACAAUGGCGAGAAUAGCAAGAAGUCAUCAAUGGCGGCCUGCUUUAUCUGGUUUACACACGCCAUUUAAGUCCUCCUUUCUUGGUACUGGUUGUUGCUUUACUAACUAUGUAAUCCUCAGUAGAAAGAGUUUCUCUUCUUCACCACUCAAAGUUUCCAUGAGUUUGAGAGCUGGCAUUGUUGGUCUCCCUAAUGUUGGAAAAUCCACACUUUUUAAUGCUGUUGUUGAAAACGGGAAAGUGCAAGCUGCUAAUUUCCCUUUUUGUACGAUUGAGCCAAACGUAGGAACUGUUGCUGUUCCAGACCCAAGGUUGCAGGUGCUUUCUGAUUUAAGCAAAUCUCAGAAAAUGGUUCCCGCAUCUGUAGAAUUUGUGGAUAUUGCUGGACUUGUGAAGGGGGCUAGUCAGGGAGAGGGAUUAGGUAAUAAGUUCUUAUCUCAUAUUCGUGAAGUCGACUCCUUACUUCAGGUUGUACGAUGUUUUGAUGACAAUGAUAUCAUUCAUGUAAAUGGAAGAGUUGAUCCAAAGUCUGACAUCGAUGUCAUCAAUCUAGAGUUGAUCUUCUCAGAUCUGGAUCAGAUGGAGAAAAGGUUGGAUAAACUUAAAAAAAGCAAGGCUAAGGAUCCACAAACAAAAGCAAAGGAGGAAGCAGAAAGAUCUGCGCUGGAAAGGAUCCAACAGGUGCUUCUGGAUGGAAAACCAGCACGAUCAGUUGCCUUAUCAGAUGUUGAAAAGGAAGCUGUUAAGCAUCUUUGUUUGCUUACGAUGAAACCAGUAAUCUAUGUUGCAAAUGUAGCAGAGUCCGAAGUAGCUGAUCCUGGAAAUAAUCCUUAUGUCCAAGAAGUAACAAAACUUGCAUCAGACUUGCAAUCAGGAGUGGUGACUGUCUCAGCACAGGUUGAGGCAGAACUUACAGAACUUCCGGCUGAGGAUAGAGUAGAGUACUUGAUGUCUCUUGGAGUCAGUGAAAGUGGUCUAGGAAACCUUAUUAGAGCAACGUAUAGACUUUUGGGGUUGCAAACAUAUUUUACUUCCGGAGAGAAGGAAACAAAAGCAUGGACAAUACGUGCAGGGAUGACUGCCCCUCAAGCUGCUGGAGUUAUCCAUUCUGACUUUGAGAAAGGUUUUAUCCGUGCCGAGACGGUAGCUUAUGACGAUUUUGUUGCUGCUGGUUCACUGGCAACUGCACGGGAGAGAGGAGUGUUGAGGUCUGAAGGAAAGGAAUAUGUUGUACAAGAAGGAGAUGUCAUGUUGUUUCGCUUUAACGUUUGAUGGAUCUGAUUACAGUAUUGCCAGAGCAAAAGAGUAUGUUGUCCUCCAGUUACAGCAGCAAUAAUAGCCUACAGGUUUUGCAAAUUGUUGCGAAAUACAUAUAUUUCAGGAUAUUCUUCAACUAUGCAAGCAGGCCUCAAAAGUGAGGUAGAUUCAUUUUAAGGAUAUCACCAAUUUUGUCAAAAAUGCAAAUACUCGUCAUCCAUUUUGCACUUCUCAUUAUUUCAUGUGUGAAGGUAGAGUUAAAUGAAAAGCUGAUAAAAAGGCGAGUACUAUCGCUUUGUCGCAAGUUGUAAAAUGAACCAUGUAUAGAUAAUGAAAGUAGCAUUAUUGUAGGACUACAUAUUGUAGGACUUUUGCAACUUGCAAUUGUUUAUAAUCCUAAUAUGGAUUGAAUCUUACACUUCAGAAUAAGAAUGGAUCAACGUUUUUUAGUCA